UCAGAGUUUAGUGGCGGUGGAGUUUAUGACCCUGGGCGUUGCUAUGAAAAUCAACAAAUUUGGUUAGUAGUAAAACCGAGGUUAAACAGCAGCAUUGACGUUGGCAUUAGUAUUAUUUAUUUAAGUGCACAACAAACGUCAAAGACUGACAAACGAGUAUAAAAUGUCUUUUUUUGUUGACAUCGUAACGGAGGAUUCGUUUUACGAAAACCUAACGCUCGGAGUUGUUAAAUUAUUGGAAGCAAGUCCGUGUGUUAAAAAUGUCAAAGUUGAAAGACGGAGUGCCUGUGAGAGAAGUGCAAUUUCCAGCUGGGAGCAGAAACACUGCUGUCUAUUGCCUGAUGAUUUAAAACGUUUCUACGCAUCAACUGACGGUUUUUCACUCACUUGGAGUCUCGAUAUCGCUGGUGAAGAAUUCAGUGUUGGAAGAAUGACGAUAAAUGAAUUUGCAGCAUUGAAAAGAUUUAUUGGAAGCAAAGAACAACAAGCUGAGGCAGAGUCUAAAUCACAAGAUGAAACGGACAUCCCGUCGUUAGGUGGACGUUGUAAACUUUUCGAAAUAGAUCAAUGCGGAGUGUCAAAAAUUUUUUUGGUUUAUCAUAUCAGACCGGAUUGGGACGCUGAACCCGGAAUUUGGUUAUUUCAGGAUGACAAUGCUGCUGGAAACUGGUAUCAUCUAUCAGAUUCUUUUAUCAAGUACUUUCGAAUGAUGUUGGUACACUUGGGAUUACCAUUGUGGCAAUACUGCGCAGCUGGACUUGAUCUACCUACAUGGGUCGAACAAACAUAUUAUUUAGUUGGACCUCAUUUAUUACCCACUACUGGAAAACCCACUGAAACCAUUUCGGCGACAAUGUGGAAAGAUGGUCCUCUUAAUACUAUUGAUCCUGCUAUUUUUAAGAGUCGCGACAAUAAACAAAGAAAUUCAAGAAAAAAAUAAUUAAUCUAUUAUUUUUCACAGAUUAAAUGACCAAAGUUUUUUAUUUAAAUAAAAAAUAAAUAAAGUAAAUUUUAUAUUUUAGAUACUUUUUAAAAUGAAAUUUGACCCUUGGCCUAAUUGGCACGAAAAACAAGAAAAAUUUCUAACAAAUUGGCAUUGUGUAACGCAUAUCUUGGCACAAUAUCCUGGCCACUCAUCGAGUCUUUAAUUUUUCCCUUCACUUGUUUUAUGUAUCUCGAAAUCUAAUCAAUUGCAGAAUAACGAUAAAAAAAAAAUUAUCUGCUGCUGAAAUCAGUCUGAGAUUGUGAUACUGCAUCGAGUGAAAAAUAAUAUUAAUACAAUAAAUUAUAUUAUGAUGGAUUAUGCACAAGCCGAGUGGUGGAUUCAAACAAUCCUGUUCACGGUUCCGUGGAUCUUGUCACGUUCAUCGAAUUAUAAUUGACACAAGCCAAUAUGCAAAUAAUCGCAUGUGCGUCUUCUACUACCACUCUAUUCCGCUUUUUAUCGAAUAGCUAGAUAAAACUUACGUAAGCUUAAUAAAGACAUGGGAGGAUUUAUUCAACAGACCUGCUGACAGUAUUGUUACGUGUACUUUAUUUUUUAAUACACGUGUUUUUUUUUAUUUUUUUUUAUUUCACUUUCGAUUGAAUCUAAUAGA